GCGGGCGCCGGACCCCCAGGCGGAGCGACAGGUCUCGGGCCCUCAGGCGGAGCGACAGGUCUCGGACCCCCAGGCGGAGCGACAGGUCUCGGGCCCUCAGGCGGAGCGGCGGGCGCCGGACCCCCAGGCGGAGCGACAGGUCUCGGGCCCUCAGGCGGAGCGGGCGGGCGCCGGACCCCCAGAUGGAGCGUCAGGUCUCGGGCCCUCAGGCGGAGCGGCGGGCGCCGGACCCCCAGGCGGAGCGACAGGUCUCGGGCCCUCAGGCGGAGCGGCGGGCGCCGGACCCCCAGGCGGAACGACAGGUCUCAGGCCCCCAGGCGGGGCGGCGGGCACCGAGUCACCAGGCACAACCGUGGGCUCCGAGUCAACUGGGAUGACCGCUGGCACUGGGUCAGACAUUGGAUCGUCUGGCUGGACAGCGGGCAUCGGGUCACCAGGCAUCAGGUCAUUUGGCUCGACAGCGGGCACCGCGUCAUCUGGCAAGGCAGUGGGCUCCGAGUCAACUGGCACGACAGUGAGCACUGGGUCAUCAGGUACCGGAUUGUCUGGCUCGACAGCGGGCAUCGGGUCACCAGGCAUCAGGUCAUUUGGCUCGACAGCGGGCACCGGAUCAGGUACCGGAUCAUCUGGAUCAACAGCGGGCAUCGAGUCAACUGGCCUAAUAGGAUCGUCAGGCUGGAUCAGUUCAUCAUGCUGGGUAGAGGCAUCAGG